GUAUAUGCGCAUGCGCGUUUAUCAACGUUCCUCUACUGACGCGGAGAAAAGUUGCGCGGACAGUUCACAGUGACGGUUUGAAUCUCAACGGCGUUAGUUCGCAGUCCUGUAAGCAUUCAGAACAGCUUCCAUACGACAACAAACAUGGCACACACGCUAUCUACGGAAGACAGACUUCAAUACAACUUCUUCCCAGUAGCUUCUGGUCAGCUACAAUUCCGAGUCAAGGCUGGACACGAUGCCCACAUUGCUUUAACCACGGGCCCCAGCGAGGGUGAGCCCAUGUACGAGAUCUUCCUCGGAGGUUGGAACAACGCGAGGUCCGUGAUCCGCAAGAACAGAUCAAAGCCUGAGGCCGCCGAGGCUGAUACCCCGGGAAUUCUUACCGACAGCGACUUCCGCGGGUUCUGGAUCAGGUGGUACAACGGCAACCUCGACGUCGGCAGGGAAAAUGAAGCAAAUCCUUUCUUGUCCUACACCGACCCGCAGCCAUUCGGUAUCGGUUACUUCGGCGUCUGCACUGGUUGGGGUGCGACUGGCGAAUGGAUCAUCGAAGGUCGGGUUACGCUGAAAACGACUGAUCAGCUGAAGUAUAAUUUCCAUGCCGUGAGCAGUGGCAGAGUAGAAAUCGAGGUCAGCGCUCCUAGCAACGCCCACGUUGCCCUAACCCAAGGAAAGAGCGAAACGUCUCCGAUGUACGAAGUAUUGCUAGCCGGAUGGAACAACACCGCCUCGGUCAUCAGAUACGAUCGGAAGCAACCCGACAAGGUUCGCGCCGAGACGCCCAACCUCCUGUCCGCCAAUGAACGGAAGAAAUUUUCAAUCUCUUGGUUCAACGGACAUAUCGUCGUCCGUGUCGGGGGCGAGAACGGGCCUGUACUCAUGGAAUGGCGCGACCCAAACCCCAUCGGCAUCAGCCACGUGGGUGUUCGGACUGCCUGGGGUGCAACCGGGAAAUGGAGUGUCCUGGUUGCCCGGCCCGCAGCAGGACCGAGUGGCACGCAACACCCAAAGCCCGCACAUCCUGCGCCAGGAUUUACCUCACCGCAGAAACAUGCCCCACCGUCCGCACCUGCCCCCUACAUGCAGCCACCCGUCCAAGGUGGAGCAAGCUGCUGGGUAGACGCUUCUGGUGGCAUAGUGCCUCCUGGUGCUCUGGCAGGAGGACAAGACGGAGAACCUCUCUUCGUAGCAAGAGCUCGACACGAAGGAGCGCUGAUCCCUGGGAAGCUUAAGGCCAGCCACUGCGUCUGCUACAUUCCUUGGGGAGGAGGUGAACACGGAAAGCCUGAAUACCAGGUACUUUGCGGAAGCGCCGGUACGUGGGUCCCGACUUCCGGAGGAAACGUUCCCCCCAACGCGUUGCCUGCCGGGGAAUCCGAAGAUGGAGAGCCACUUUUCGUCGGGCGCGUGAGCCACGAGGGAACUUUGACAAUUGGAAAAGUUCAGGCUUCGCACGGUGUCCUGUACAUUCCUUUCGGAGGAGCCGAAGUCGCGUUCCCAGACUACGAGAUCCUGCUGCAGUAACCUGUUGAACGAGAUUCUGUUUCCCCCUCCUGGUAUUUCCUUCUCCCUUGCACACUGAAUAUUCUGAUAUUUUACAAGACGAGCACGAAAUAAAAAUCUGUUGUUUAUCGUACCGAGGUAUUUAUAUGCAUAAUAUAGUGGUUGACUAACUUUGCGCUCCAGCUUGUACGAUAGGAAUUUAUUUCACUUGCAAAUUGUGAGUACAAGGUGAUCCACCAGCGACUCGAAUAUGAAUAUGUAUCAUGUUUUGUCACUCGAUUACCGAAUAAUAAUAUUGCAGCCGCAUCGUAGUCGCAAUAAUCCUGUUCGUCGCAUGUGUUCAAAUCACCGUACACCGAGAAUCCAAAAAUCGCUGGCUUUGUCAUGCAAGAACUGAAUUUCACAUAUUAAUGGGCAAUUGUUGUUAUAAUACAUACAUAUAUAUGUACGCGAAAAGUAUAUUGUUUGUUACUUUCCAAUCACUCACAACCCACCACUCAAAUAUUAAUAUAAUAAUUACUUAUGCAUAAGAUAUUGUAUUUUUCGAUAUAUUAAAUACUGAAACUGUGUGUAAUCUGUUAUCUCUCACACGUAAAAUUGUUUUUUGAUACGCGCAACACGCUGCGGAUGAUGCUUGUAUGGUUAUUGUAUAAUUAUUUUUUGCAAACCGCAUUAUACAUGUCGAGUUAGUAACUAUAAAACUUUGUAAAUGUAAUGAAAUAAAAGUACAAAACG